CGGUCCAGCCCCCGUGGGCGGCGGGCGGGGCGGGGGGCGGUGCGGGGCCGCCCCCGCCAGCGGAGCCGCUCGGCGGAUCAUGUGCGGCGGGGCGCACGUCGCCGGCGGAGCGCGGCGGCACCUCCGGGGCGGCUCCGAGGGGCCCGAGGAGGUGAUCUAUGCCAUCCGCUUACAGAGCACAGGGAAAUAAAUCUGCGCUUUGGACUCUCUUGAGCAGCUGGAAGGAGAAACAAUACCCUGAGAAUGAAGCAAUAAAAAAAUCUCUCUGCAGAACCGUAUGAUUGAAAACGCGGUCCAGCCCUCCUCUGCUGCUGGACAUGCUUUUAUUCUUCUGCCCUGCUCACCUGAUGUUGCAGUAGUACAGAUGGAUCGUAGCAGAGAGGCAGAAAUGGAGUUACGGAGAUCCUCCAGCCCGGGCAAGCUAAGCAAGGGUGACAUGGAUGCUGACAAGACCAUGUGCCACAGCUGCUGCAUCUGCGGUAAAAGUUUUCCUUUUCAGAGUUCCUUGUCGCAGCACAUGAGGAAGCACACAGGCGAGAAGCCCUACAAAUGCCCUUACUGCGAUCACAGAGCUUCCCAAAAGGGCAACUUGAAGAUUCACAUCCGUAGUCACAGAACAGGCACUUUAAGUCAGGGGAAUGAGGCGGAGAUGGGAGAGGCGCAGCUUGGGGAGACGGGCGUUUCGGAGGGCCUUGGCGGGUGCACCAGCCCCACUAAAAGUACGUCUGCCUGCAACAAGAUCUUGAAUGGUACAGUGCAGGUAGAUAGCAGCAAGAUCUUGUUGAGAAGCAGCAAGAAGGAGGUCAUGGAGGUGGUGUCAGCUGAGGAGGAUGGCAAGAUGACCUCUUACCAGUGCACCUUCUGCAAAAACAAAUUUGAAAGAAAGAAGGACCUGGAGCAGCACCUGCACCAGGUCCACAAACCGUUCAAGUGCAAGUUGUGUAGCUACAUGACCCUGAGGGAAGAGACGCUGUUGAACCACAUAGAGAAGGACCAUGUAACAGCUCAGGUUCUGAAUGGGGAGGCCUACACCGAAAACUGCAAGAGUGAGAUGAGCGCAGGAGAGUUUCCGUGUGAAGUCUGUGGUCAGGCCUUUAGUCAGACCUGGUUCCUGAAAGCUCACAUGAAAAAGCACAGGGGGUCAUUUGAUCAUGGGUGCCACAUUUGUGGCAGGAGGUUUAAAGAGCCCUGGUUUCUUAAGAACCACAUGAAGUCGCAUGGCCCCAAGUCUGGGAGCAAAAACAAACCAAAAAAUGACUCGGAGCUGAUAGCCACUAUCAAUGAUGUGAUACAGGAGGAGACGAUUGUGACAGGCCUAUCUCUGUACGAAGUUUGCACCAAGUGUGGAAAUCUGUUUACAAAUAUGGAAAGCCUGAAAGCGCACAACGCUGUUCACUACCGGGCGCAGCGGGGCAGCGCUGGGGAUAAAGCUGAGGGCUUAACUGAUGGGAGCCUAAGCUCUGCGGUAACAAAGCAGUUUUUCUUGCAGUGUCUCAAUCUAAGGCCAUCUGUAGGGCCGGACAGAGUUGCAGGAGGACAGCCUGGGAAAAGAGUAGCCGAGCUGGAUCCGGUCAGUAGCUACCAAGCUUGGCAGCUGGCCACUAAAGGAAAAGUAGUAGAGCCCUCGGAAUAUGUGAAGUAUGUGGGAUGGGAUGAGGCCCUGGCAGAUGCGGAUGUGACUUAUGACAAGGAUAAAAGAGAGUAUAUCCUCGUCAACCAGGAGAAGCGCAAACGAGACCAGGACUCUCCGAGCUCUUCCAGCAACCCCAAAAAGAAGAGCUGCACCAGCGGGCGCCCGGAGAAAACUGUAAAUGCCCCACUGGGGGAGAGCUGCCCACUCUCCCAGGGGGACCUGGACUACCGCCCUGCCUCACGGCAGAGCCGGCGGGCCACCCAGAACAAGUCCACCGAGUGCUUUGAGUGCGGGAAGAUUUUCCGCACCUACCACCAAAUGGUGUUGCACUCUCGGGUGCACCGCAAGGAGCGGAGGAGCGAGGGUGGGACGGCCACACAGCCUGACCGUUACGGCUCCAGCAGCGAGGAAGGGGACUCGGGGUCUGUCAGUGGGCCCAGCACCCCUGGGUCUGCGUCCGCCCUGGAGGAUUCAGCUACCUCUGGCCUGGGGGAGGAGGGGGCUGAGGAAAGCUCAGAGGAAGGAGCAGCAAACCCGUCACUAGAUGAAAAGCCAUACCACUGCAACUUUUCUGAGGAGGAAACCCCAAUGGUAACAUCUCAGUUGGAUGAACUCCAGAAGCUAGGAAGCCGCAGUGCCAGAGAAAAUGAAGCCAGGGAAUCCAAAACAGAGAUUCCUUCCCUGGUGUCAGCACUGGAGAGUGUCAUCAAGGAGCCCUUUUUGAAAUACCAAGAUCUGAAAGGGUCUGUGGACGUAAAGAUGCCAGCAUUUCACCACAGCCAAGGGCUUCCUUGCUCCAGUCACAUUGCUAACUUGGGUUCAGGUGUGGGCCAGACAUCUUCAAACAUGGUCAUGGACUUGAAAAUGUCACUUGAAGUGCAGGCUAGUUGCACUAGAGAAAAUUUGCUAGAAUUACACAGGGAGCAUCCUCUGACAGAAAAAGGUGCUGAAGCUCAAGAAGUAGCUCCACUCGAUUUGAGUGAAAAAUCAACAAGGGACAAUCCAUGCAAUAAAAAUCUGAAUAUAUCCUUGCAGGCUGCUUUAAUUGUCUAUCCGUGUCCUUUCUGCAGUCAUAAGACCUACUACCCUGAAGUCCUGUGGAUGCACAAAAGAAUUUUGCACAAAAUCAGCUGUAACUCGAUGGUCCCCCCUUGGGUUCAACAGAACGGAUUCAAGACUAUUAAAAACAACCUGGUCUUUCUGGCAAGGAGUGGGCGUACUGGUCCCCCUCCUGUUCUCAGCGGUAAGGAAUGCCAGCCUUUGCCCAUUGCCAGAUUUACACGCACUCAAGUGCCAAGUGCAUUGCCAGGGUCCAAAAGCAGCUCUCUUUCUGUUGGGUUAACUGCGAAGUCUGGGAGUACGCAUCAGUCAAAGGACAGUCAUGCUUUCAGCCACUGUGGUCCACGCGUAUCAGGUCUGGAUGGGUACAGACAGCCCAAGUUAAACCAUUCCCAAGAGCAAUAUACCAUAGCAGCACAACAAAAAAGUAAAUAUGAAGCAAAUUCCAAACUUAUGCAAAUGGGAGCCUAUAGCAGAAGUGUAACGCCUACUCCAACAGUCAUAUCCAGGCCUAGCACACAGCCCACCAACAGUAAGCAAAUGGAAAAGUACAUGGCUCUCCAAGGAAGUGCUAGUUUUGCCCCUCCGGGUAAACACUGUGCAUCUGACUCCGUGAAGGCCAAAUUCAACCCACCACCACAGUAUCAUCCUCUGUGUAAAAGCGAGCAGUACACUAAACAUGAAGAGCCGUCAGUGCCUCAGAGGGAGUCUCACAUGAAGGCUGGCAAUGAGAUGAAGACACUGGCAAACUGCACAGCGGUAGCACGAGCGAGUCCACUGCUGCAGACCCAGCCUAGCGCUGCAGGAGUUUCUCCGGCUUUACACUCCAGCAAACAGGAUCUGGGAUCAGAUGGGCAUGAGAAACAUUUGGACAUUUUAAAUAUCUUUAAAACAUACAUUCCAAAGGACCUUGCUUCGUUGUACCAGACCUGUGGUGCCAACAGCCCUGUCCUGGAUCAUGCAGGGAUGCUCAGGACACAAACACGCCAAGGAGACUGUGUCUGCAGAGAGUGUGGAAAAUGCUUUACCCAACCCAGUCACCUCAGGACUCAUCAGAGGUCCCAUGCAGGGGAGAGACCACGGCGGUGUGGAGGUCGCCCACACGCUACCUCUCCGGAAGGGAACCUAGAGCCCCGGCAGAGGAGCCCCUGCGCCAGCGGCCCCCACCCCGAUGGGCAGCACCGGCAGCCCCCCGUGCCACUGCCCCGCGCACCGGUGGCUGCAGAGCAGCCUCCCUGCCAGCCAUCGCCUCACCCGGAGCCGCUGCGUGGGACUGAAACCAGCGCUCUGCAAGGAGGGGGGUGCCUCUGCGCUGUUAAUCAUUUUAAAAUAAAUGAAGAUGCUACACAAGAUAUAUAUAAAUUGACGUACUAAUCAGUCCCAUGGUUCCUUAUUUCCUUUAUAAUAAACAGUGGAGUUGGCAAGCACUGUGGCAACACAAGGCAUCUAUAUUAAUCAAGAGAAGUUUGAGACACUGGAAAAAUUAAACUUUAUGUGAUUUGGACAGCAUGAAGAAGUUAAGCACUGUAACAAAAACCUCCCUGAUGCUCACAAUGACUAUUUGAUACAUUUGAAAAACAGCAGUGGAUUCGAGGGCUGGAGAAGUAUUAAUUAAUGAAACUGCCACUGCCUGUCAUGCUGAAAAGCAAAUGGAAAAGAAAAAGGGGAGAGAGAGGAAGAAGGGGAGUGUGAGGAAAAGGUGGCAUUCGGUGCUGAGAAAGCAAUGCUUGAUGAAGGAUUAAAGGGACUAAAGAGAAAGACCGUCGUUCUGCAAUGGUUUGUUUCAUUACAGUUCGGGGACCACUUGCAUUUCUAGUGCUCUUGCUCUUGACUGCGCACCAUUAAUAGUAUGUGAAUAUGGAAAUUGAAACACUUUCAGAGAAAAGCUUCUAUUCGGCUUUGGAAAAGAAAAGCUAGUCAAACACUAAGAAAAAAAACAGGCUUCUGUGUUUUACUCUCAGGACCUUUUUUUUUGUAACAGGGCUACUUUCUUCGACCUGAUCACAAAGGAAGUCUUCAUGUUUGAAAAAAAACAGAAAUAAUAAAACGCUCAGCUGUCUAACGCUGCUGAUCUGUAUGUUUAGAAGAGAAAAGGUGUCACUGAACAAGUCCAGGCAGCCCUGGUCCCGUAAAGUACUCUCUGCUCCUGCAUUUGGUUCAGCAGGUUCACCGCUCCUCCCUGGGCCCCGUGACGUUUUGGGAAGACGAGGAACUUCUUUUGUGCUGGCAGGUUAAUGUUAAUAUAAAUGUGUCAUGUCUUGUACUUGGUGAUCACUGGUGGUGUUAGGAAAAAAAGAAAAAAAAAAGCUUUAUAUACCUCUUCUACAGUAACUCUUUAACUGCAAGUUUUCAAGGUGGGGUUGUGGCACAUAACAGGUUGUUAAACCAUGCAGUGUAAGCAAUUAAAAAUGUAUUCCACAGAUAUAAAUAUUUUCUUUUCUUAUUGCUGUGACACUAUGUGUGAUGGUAAUAUUUCUGAGAGUUUCAGAUUUUGCACAUAUAAUUUUAUGCAUUAUCAAAAGUUACUGCUGCCUUGAAAGAAAAUGUUCUGUGAAAAUUUUUGCAAAAGCUUUACUAGUUUUUUUUUUUAAUUGUAACAUUUUGUAAAGGCAGGAAAUGGAUUUAAAAAAAAACCUAGCAUGCUAAAUAUAUUUUUCAAAAAAGCAAUAAUUUUACAUGUACAGAAAUUAUGCUAACCUUUAAUACAGGUGAGAGCAACAGUUUACUUAAUACAGUAAUGGAAUAGUGCUGUUUUUUUGUAGAAAUGGGCUUCUGACAAAAAAAGAUUUGUUUAAAAAAAAAAACAAAAAGCAGAAAAAAACCUUAAAGCGUGAUCUUUCUGU